UGUCAAGAGUGUCAAAAGUAAAUACAAUUAUUAUUUUUUUUAUGACAGCCAAACAACUUUGACCGGCACUAUUUUUAUUUAUUAAAAGAAAACAACCAUGGCCGACAAUCAACAAAAACCAAACAGUGAAUUGGAAGAAGAGAUCUUGAGCCAGCUCUUAAUUUUGGAAAAAGAGUUUCGGGACCAUAACACACUCAUGAAGAAUGAACUUGGACAGCAAAAAGAAUUGAUAUCUAGGUUAUGGGUGCUAUCACAAAGAUAUAUUUUACUCAUAAGCACGGGACCAUGUUGUAAAUUUCCGGAAAUAUUUGCUGGACCUGCAGAAGAGACUAUCUUGCAAGAAUUCUCGGAUAAGCUAAAGGCUGUUAAGGCGUCCAAUUGUCGCAUAUCUGUUUCUCUGAAGGACCUAAGAGUAUCACAUCGAACAUUUGAGAACUUAUGUUCCAAAUUGGAUAUGAAUGUAGAAUCACCAAUUAUACAAGGUGAUGCCUACCACAAACCAUUGGCAUAUUUUAUUGAAUUGACCAGUGAUCUGUUUAAAUUCUUUCAUGCCUGGAUAUUAAAACUCAAAUAUACAUCACAUUUAAUUGAUCCAUAUAAAUGUGAUGGUAUCGAGCAUUACAAGACUUUGAUGGAACCUUCGGAGGAUUUUGAGGAAUAUCUUAACGUUGGCCUUACCUAUUGCAAGUGCUUGAGACCAAAACCAACAUGUUAAAUGAAAUUGUAGAAUAAAUAGCAUUUUUAUUUGGUAUAUAGAUAUUUACCAACUGAUCUGUGAUAAAUUUUGA